AUGUCCAGCUCCAACUCUCCCACAUCCCAAACCUCCAACAGCUACGUCGAGCAGACCGUCUCGGUAUUGAGCUCGGUCGCCAGCUACAUGCGUCUGCCCGCGUUGGCUUCAACGGGUCUCGCCGCUGUCCUCACCUCAUUACUUUACUUUAAACAGAAGUCCGUAUCCCAACACCAUCACCAUCACCGCCUCCGUCUCCCCUUCCUAGCUACUACCAACCUCCUCUUUCUUUGCCUGACCCGCAUCAUCAUCAAGCCGAGCCCCGCUAACCCUGCAUGCAUUAGGGCUCUCAUUUACCCGAGUAACAUUCCCGCAAAUUCUCGCUCAGACGUCCCCAAGCCUUCAGACUUUGGCAUCUCAAAUUUCGAAGAACUUUACAUCCCGACCGAUGAUGGCGAGAAGCUCUCAGCCUUCUACAUCCGUGGCCCUCGUGGCCACAAGAACUCAAACAUCACCAUCUUGAUGUUCCAUGGCAAUGCUGGCAACAUCGGCCAUCGGUUACCCAUCGCUCGAAUGAUCAUAAACUACAUUGGUUGCAACGUUUUUAUGCUCGAGUAUAGAGGCUAUGGUUCCUCAACAGGUCAGCCUGACGAGUCGGGUCUCAAUGUUGACGCCCAGACAGGGCUCAACUAUCUGCGGCAGCGGGCCGAGACACGCGAUCACAAGCUCAUGGUUUACGGUCAGAGUCUGGGCGGUGCCGUCGCUAUCAAGCUUGUCUCCAAGAACCAGGAAGCGGGUGAUAUCGCUGGUCUGAUCUUGGAGAACACCUUCCUCUCCAUCCGGAAGCUGAUCCCUUCCGUUGUGCCCCCUGCCAAAUACCUUACCCUGCUAUGCCACCAAGUCUGGCCCAGUGAGUCGGUUCUUCCCAAUAUCACAAAGGUGCCCACGCUCUUCAUCAGUGGCUUGCAGGAUGAGAUUGUUCCGCCAAAACACAUGAAACAGCUGUAUGACCUCUCCGCCGCACCCACCAAGCGGUGGAAACCUCUCCCAGGUGGCGACCAUAAUUCAAGUGUCCUGGAAGAAGGCUAUUUUGAAGCCAUGUCAGAUUUCAUCGCUGAGGUAACGGGUGAUACACCACAAGAGAAGACACGUUUGUAG